AUGGGAUCAAUCUCUCCGGAUGUUGAUUUAAAACACCGCAUCGUCAUGGCUCCCUUGACCCGCUUCCGCAACGACGAGAACCACGUCCCACUGCCCUUUGUGGCAGAUUAUUAUGCUGAACGGGCCUCUGUUCCGGGCACAUUCAUCAUCGCCGAAUCGACAGUCGUCUCCCCCCGUGCUGCAGGAUACUCCAAUCUCCCUGGAAUUUGGAGUGAAGACCAAAUCGCGUCAUGGAAACGAGUGACCGCCGCCGUGCACGCCAAGGGAAGCUACAUAUUCCUACAACUCUGGGCUCUGGGCCGCGUGGCGGACAUAGAAACCGCCGAGAAGGAAGGGAUGAAGAUCGUUUCAUCGAGCAACAUCCCUCUGGACAGCGACCACGCGGAACCCGAGGCUUUGAGUUAUGAAGAGAUCCAGAAUUUCGUGGCGGAUUUCGGCCAGGCGGCCAAAAACGCCAUUGAAGCUGGAUUCGACGGCAUCGAGAUUCACGGUGCAAACGGCUAUCUGGUCGACCAGUUCACGCAGGACAUUGCGAACCAAAGGACUGAUGAGUACGGUGGCUCCAUUGAUAAGAGGAACAGGUUUGCUCUGGAGGUUGCAAAGGCGGCGGCCGAUGCCAUCGGUGCCGACAAGGUCGGAUUUCGAAUCAGUCCCUUCUCGACCUUCCAGGGUAUGAAGAUGGCCGAUCCGUAUGCCCAGUUCUCUGCGCUGGUCAAAGGUCUCAAACGCCUCAAUUUGGCGUAUCUCCACGUCGUCGAGUCGCGGAUUAAAGGUGAUGACGAUGCCAAUGGUGGCCAAGGAGGCACCGAGAAGGUCGAUUUCAUGCUGGACAUCUGGGGAGAUGAUGCUCCCUUUUUGAUCGCUGGUGGUUGGAAGCCCGAUGCCGCUCAGGCAGCCAUGGAUGGUCAAUACAAGGACAAGAAUGUCGCAAUUGUCUUUGGUCGGUACUUCCUGGCCACCCCCGACUUGCCCUUCAGGAUUAGACGGGGGCUCGCGCCGAACAAGUAUAACCGCGAUCUGUUCUACGCAAUCAAAACAAAGCAAGGGUACCUGGACUACAAAUUCAGCAAGGAAUGGGAAGAGGCCACCAGUAAGUAUGGCCUGGAUAACAUUUUGGCAUGA